AUGCCCAAUCAUGGCCGCACACUGGCUGGAAACUUCUUUGGUUUCUCAUACUCAUUUGGCCAAUUGGUUCUGUCUGCUAUGGCAUACAAGAUCAGAGACUGGCGAUGGCUUCAGUUUGCUGUCUCAGCUCCAUUUUGUAUCUUCUUCAUCUAUUCUUGGUGGUUACCAGAAUCUGCGCGAUGGCUAAUUCUCCGGGAUGAGCCGGAAAAAGCUCUGAACCACCUUCGAAAAGCUGCCUUUGUUAAUGGAAAACACAAGGAAGGAGAAAAAUUGACUGCACAGAUACUGUGCUCUGAGAUGCAGAAAGACAUCCUUAUAAUAAGGGCAUCACACUCAGUGUUUGACCUUGUCCGUACUCCGACUAUGAGGCGCAUGUCCUUGAGUCUCAUUAUAGUUUGGUUUUCAAGUAAUUUUGCCUACUAUGGGCUGAGCAUGGAUCUGAAGGACUUUGGGCUUGGUGUUUUCGUAGCUCAGGCACUGUUUGGUGGUGUAGAAAUGAUUGCGAAGCUCAUAGUGAUGUUGGUGAUGACCUUGGUGGGCAGACGAGUCAUGCAAUUUGCUUCCCUGAUCAUGGCUGGAGUAAUGGUUGUAUCUUACAGCUUCACGCCUCAAGAUAAGAAUUUGCUGUGUACAGCCCUGGCAGUGACGGGAAAAGCUUUCCUGGCAUGUGCUAUAACCUGCAUGUACCUGUACACUGGAGAGCUGUACCCUACAGAAAUAAGGCAAACCGGGAUGGGUUUUAGUGCUAUGAAUGCUCGUCUGGGCUCUGCUGUUGCCUCUGUCCUGCAUCUAACAGGAGAUUUCUCUUUUACAAUACUUCCUAUGAUGUUCGGGAUCACUCCUAUUAUUGCAGGCUUUUUCUCCUGCUGCCUGUUAGAAACCAAAGAUUCCCCAUUGCCUGACACUAUUAAUGAAGUGGAAAACAGGUGA